CUCCCUCAGUCAACACGCGCACAUCCGAAUCGUAAAUCGAGCUCCAAAUACUUUCUGUACAACCGUUAAGUCAACGAACCACUACACUUUUUGACGCGUAAAAACGUGCAUCAUUCCCCUGCGCACUCGACAAGUACACAUCAGCGCAAUCGUGAGCGAAAAUCGAAUAAGAAGCAUUUGGUAAUGGUAAUAAACGCGAUGGUGAUCGAUUUGGCUGCUGUGACAAGUGUCUGACAUUAACUGGGAACGGAUGAUGUGCGCGCCGUGGACGUGAACGCUGGCGAGCGUUUCAAAUCGGGGUGCAUUACGUAAUGGACGGUUAUCCUCUUAGUUAAGGAAAUAGCGUGCACGUCACGUUGCGUUAUAUUUGGUGCGAUCCAAUUCCUCGCUGCUGAAAGUGACGAAGUUGAAACUGCUUGUGCCGUCUGCACCAUUGACAUUGCAUUAUUGAGUUCGAAAGAAAGAGGUGAUACUACGCAAACUGCCAUGUCAGAGACCACGGAGGUUCCAAAAAUCGAGAUUCUUCCGAAGCGAGAAACUCGUCCAACGAAGAAACGCGUCACCAUCGAUACGAAAGAGAGCAACAACAACAAAAGUCACCGUCAACGUCAGGAGGAUAAAAGAUCCAGUGGCGGCAGGAACGACCGUAGAUCGAAGGGAGACAAAAAUAAAGAGCCGAGUAACACGCCUGACGAUGACUCGGAGAACCAGGGUUUCACCGAGUGGCUGCGCUCGAGCGACGGCGUUGACACGAUGAAGCUCUUCGUCAUCGGUAACUCGAUUCUCGUCGUAGUGACAGUAGCUUGGCCCCACAUUAGCCAGAUGUUUAGCCUAAUACGCGAGCUUAUCUAUGGCGAGGACGAGUACUGAGAGCAACAGGGAG